GGCAACAGUAGCAACCAUGGUCGACACCUCCGUCCUCCUCGCCCUCGCGGCGCAGCAUCAGCGCGUGCACUUCGACUACACGCCCGCCUGGGGCCGCGGCUCGCCCGCCUCCUACGUCGACAACGUCACCUUCCCGCACGUCCUCGACGACAAGGCAUACCAGUACCGCGUCAUCGUCGGGGACAAGGACCUCGGCCUGCGCAAGUCGUACUCGAUCCAACCGGACGGCUCGCAGAAGGUCAACUUCCUCGAGUACAACGGCGGGUACGGCAUCGCGGACAGCAACCGCAUCCGGGUGUAUGUCGUCGACCCCGAGAGCGGGAACCAGUACCUCAUCGCCCAGUGGAACUAGCGGUAGCGACCCUGAAACGCGACAUGGUGACAACUUCUACUGCUGGAGUUACUUGUGAAGUGUAUCAUCAUGUCGCAGAGAGGCGCAAGAUGUUCGAUAUCAAUUGUCAUUAUAUUGCGAGUGCAGGCGUAGCUACGUGGAGGGACGUGUACUAGUAGAUACAACGAUGUAAGGAUGCCGAGUCCGCUGACGUGAGGUGGUGUUACAUACGGAAAGCAUGAAGCAGCAUAGUAGUAGUGAACUCAUGGGUGUCGAUAAUGUAAAGAUAAGGUAAAGC